AAUAUAAAUCUGCGAUUGCCUAGACCAGCGGAUGACUUCUAAAAAGAAACACGUAGAAAAUCCCGGCAUGCUUUUCGAAAGUAAGAGAUGAGUCAACCAAGAUGGCUUCCCCUCCAAUCAAUAAGUGGGAAGAUUUACGAAGAAAAGCAAGACAACUUGAGAACGAAAUUGAUUUGAAGUUGGUAUCAUUUAGUAAACUUGGAACGUCAUACAACAAUGAAGCUAAGGAAAAUUCGGACAAAACUCCUCUUUUGCACAGCUCUACGAAUGAUCGGAUGUUCGAGACGAUGUCCUUGGAAAUUGAGCAGCUUCUAUCCAAGCUGACUGAAGUGAAUGACUCCAUGGCAGAGUUUGCAUCUGGUCUGCACAAUCUGGGCCAGUCUAAUGCUGCCCAGCUACACACCCUCCAAAGGCACAGAGAUAUACUGCAAGACUACUCUCAUGAAUUCACAAAGACUAAGGCUAACAUCCAGGCUUACAGAGACAGAGAAGACUUAUUAGGAUCUGUCCAUAGGGACAUAAAUGCAUAUAAAACUGGUCUCAACCGAAGAACAGAUCUAUACCUCAAGGAGAACGAACACAUAAGAAACUCCGACAGAUUAACUGAUGAUGCGAUAGGUAUUGCAUUAGCAACCAAGGAAAACUUGCAGAGUCAACGUGGAAUGUUACAUGGCGUAACUGGUCGACUGUCCAAUGUCACUCAUCGUUUUCCAGCCCUGAACAACUUGAUGCAGAAAAUCAAUCUCAGAAAAAGAAGAGACUCAAUUAUUCUUGCAUGCGUCAUAGCACUGUGCACAAUACUUAUGCUCAUCUUUGCAUUGAGAUGAAGAUCUUUUGAAACUUCAUGCAAUGGGGACAGACACCAGCUAAUUUGCCACAUGCCAUACAAUCACGGGAUUGCAAAGGCAAAGGAUAAACUGCCAUUUAUAUUUGAAGAGGCAAGAAUGUGAUCAGUACAUGCUGCAGUAAGAGAAAAACAAUUAUUACAAUCCAAUCUUUAGUCUACAUAAUAAAUACCUGAAAGAGAAAUUCCUAAAAAGGCUGAACUUGCAAAUACUGCACAGAAGAGUAAGCAUGAUGUUUUGAGGGUAAGAUUUUAGUUUAUCACAGGUACAAUAGAAGCCAGGAACAUCAAACUCUAGGGAAAGCAGAAAUGAGUUAGCAGGUUUGGGUGGCUUUGCUUAGUGUAAAAACAUGCAACAUCUAUCCAGGGAGACCUUUAACUCCCCCACUUCCACCUCCUAAAAUUUUAGAAGAAAUGUUAAGGAGCUAAAAUACACACAUUUACGACCCUACAUUGGUGCAAACUUUUUUGGGUCGGGAGUUCGAGUUAUCCAAUUUCAGUUAGGUUUUCUCUCAUUUCUAGAACCAUGUACCUUUAUGCCUGUGUCUAGGUACAGUAAAGUUAGGCUGGCUAAGGAAACGAAUAUUUUCCCAUUCUCUUAGUCCUACCGACAAAGGAUUUUGUCAUUCUUCCAUUUCGAUUGAAUGCUUUAAAAUCGAUUUUUAUCGAAGCUUUUGGAAGUAUUAGUGUGUUGGACACCACACAUGGGAGCUAUCAACACCGAUGUGUUGAUAGUAAAAUCGUUGUACAGAAGUUAAUAAAGAUUGACCUUGUUGGUGAA